AUGGCCACAACAACCGCCACUGUCAACUCGCAAGAGCCCUCCGACGACGAGAUCGCCGCCACACAGCAAUCUAUGCUCGAAGAACUGCACGCAAUCAGCGAAGAGGUGCUCGCCAACAAGCCAAUGGGUGGCGAUGCUUCCUCGUGCGAAACCGGGACUGUCAUGGAGUCUGGCCUUGCCGAAAAGGAACGCAGUGAGCCAGCGGACCAACAGAUCUCGGACGGCGGGCCUGCGAGACAAGAAGAAUCAGGACCGUCCGCUGCGGGAAAGGCGACCAAUGACGACACAUGUCCAGCACCGCAAGUCGAUGAAAUGGAUGUCCGCGCCGAAGCAGCUCCGGCAGUGCACCUCGUCACCGAUGUCGUCAGAUCGGAGUCCUCAUCGACCGCGGCGUCUCAGACGACAGACGUAGACGGAAAGAUUCAGGGAGGAACAGAGGCUUCUGCUGCACCCUCACCAAUGGAGGCCGAGGCAACAAUCGUUGCGGUCGCAGAUGUGGAAACAUCGCUUUCGGCGCGACUCAGCUUGAAGGGCCCAGUACAUCCUCCAACGGAUUUCGAUGCAGCGACGGCCACUGAGCUGGCGGAUGCGCAGACGGUCUGUGACCAGGCCGACGCCUCGCUCGAGUUCGACCAUUCCGACUUGUUCGAUGGCAUCGAGGCAGAUGCUUUUGAUAAUAUCGAGCUCAGUCCACCUACGCGCAGACGGGCGUCUCUGCCUUCCAUAGAUGGAAUCAUCAGCAACGGACAUCAAAGUGUGCCACCAUCGCCGACACGAACGCGGGCUUCGAUGUCAUCCCAGAUGCCAGCAGAUGCGGAGUUCGACUAUGACAUGGACCAUGCCGCAAACAAAGAGUCCGAGCAAAUACCGCAAGCUAGUCAGAUGGCAUCUUUCCUCGACCCCGGCUUCCUCGGCUUUCAAACAGGACAUAAAAAGCAGGUCAAGCUAAGCGAGAAGGGGCUGCAAGCUGCGCGCAAGCUUAUGCUUGACCUCGAACAGACGACGGACUUGCUGCCGCCAUCGCAAGCUUCCUCGUCAGCACAGACGCGGGCACUUGCAACGGCGUCGAAUGCCGUGGCAUCUGGGCAAGCGAGCAAUGGACGAGAUGUCCUGCCAACGAUCGAGCGCACUCCAUUGCAGGAGAUCCUCCCGAAGCAGAGCAGUGUUGCUACAAAUGGAACUGAACGGCACCCAUUCGAUACCAAAGGCAAGCCGGUCACGACAUUGGCAGUGCCAGCACUGCAAGGUGCGAUGGCCGGCCAAGUCCUGCAGCCAAGCUUUGCGACGCCAAAACCAAUACGAAGUACCAUCCUCAGCAGCGCUGUGGGCUUGUCGAGUCCAAUGCGAACUCCAGCUGCCGUAUCUGGCUCGCGGUUUUCCACACCACAGCCCACUAAGCGCAUCUCGCUUGGGGUGCUACCAAGGGCGGAGUCCAGCGGAAGCAGCACGGGCAAGAAGAGGACUUUGCCCAAAUUCGUUACGCCGUUCAAAGCGGGCAAGCGUCCGCGCGCCGAAGAUCCGCAAGAUCUGGCCUCGCCAUCUCGCAGCCUACCGAGAGCUGGCGAUCGUGAUACUACCAAGGCGUCUCCUUUGCCAGCUCGGCAAUAUCCCUCUACCCGAAAGGUGCUUACACAUUCCUUGCAAGGUCCCGCUGUGUUUCGUAUGCAGUAUGACGGCCCACGUCACAGACUGGCAGACGUUGGACGACCAGAGUACUACUCAGCGAUGCAGAUGAUCGCCAAAGGCGUGCCGGACGAGAUUGUAGUCAUCCUCAACGAUGCAUCCAAGGCGGCUCAGUAUGCAUUCGAGAGCUCAGACGGCACGCUGCUCACGCAACAUGUGGCCCUCGAAGAACUGCUCGCGAGGGGGUGUUCCGCUGCCAAGCUUCCGUGGGUGCAGAACCACUGGACAUUGAUUCUGUGGAAGCUUGCAGCGCUGGUCCGCCUCGAGCCGAGCAGUGCACCUGAGCGCUGGAGCUGGGACGAGCUCAUUCGUCAGCUCCUGUACCGCUACGAGCGCGAAGUCCAUCUGGCGCAGCGCUCGUGCCUCAAGCGGAUCCAGGAGCACGACUCUUCUGCAGCGAGGCCGAUGGUGCUGCUGGUGUCGAAGAUCUUCGAAGAGGAGACUGAGGUCCAGGAUCGAUCAGGCGCAAUCGUUCCUCGCAAAAGCACGAUCCUCGAGCUCUCCGAUGGUUGGUACCGCAUCCAGGCUCAAAUCGACGCUACAUUGACCUGUGCGUGCCAACGUGGUCGACUGCGCAUCGGUCAGAAGCUGGCCGUCACGGGGGCGACGCUCGAUGCAGUAGGCGACGGCAACGAGGUUCUCGCGGCUUAUCACAUGACGAGCCUUAUCCUGGCCGCGAACUCGGUAUCGCUGGCACGAUGGGACGCUAAGCUCGGAUUCUCGGCCACGCCAUUCUGCGCCAGCCUGCGCAGUCUUACGCCGGGAGGAGGGCUUGUAUCUCUUAUGGAUGUUGUGCUCACCAGGGUCCACCCUCUCGCCUACAUGGAUGCCGACCGCGCCAACUUCAAUCCGAGCGCAGCCCGCGGCGAGCAGGAAGAAGAGGAGGCUCGCGAGGCUUGGGUCAAGAAACGCGAAGAUGCUGUUCAGCAACUUCAGCUUCAGGCAGAGUCCGACAACGGACGGCUGUACGAUCUUGUCGAGGCGCUGAGCGAUUUACUUGGCGACAGCUUCUUGCCUUCUGUACCAGACGAUCCAACCGGGCACUUGAUGGCAGUGGCAAAUCAGCUGUUCGAUCAGCUCAGGGCGCAGCCGAAUCCGGCUUCAGCGGUCAAUCAGUUGGUCGUCGCGGCAGGGCACACAAGUCUUGUCCCGUGGCUGCACAAUCUGGCCAAGGGCGCAAUCCUGGCAGGUGAGGGGAUGGGCGGGUCGAGACUGAGCGAGGACCUGGACAAGCUAUGUCCGCCACGCAAGGUGCGCGAGUUCCGAGUCGUCAAGUUCAGAGACGCUCGUCUCCCGCCACCACCUCCAGCAGCAGCGCAGCAGUCGAACGGCAACGGUGCGGGACCAAAGAAGAAGAAUCCAUACGCUCGUGAGGUGCUGCUCACCGUCUACGACGCAGGCAAGCUAGGCGACGAGCUGCGAGAAGGCAGACGCUUCUUGGUCACCAACCUCAUGCCCUCGGAAAGAUCGGCUUGGCGGAAAGCGGACGAAGCAGCCGACAUCUCCCUCUGCACAAGGCGCGAUACCAAGUGGCGGCCUUUGUCGUGA